UCAUUGAAAAACAAUUUGUUUUUAAUUUGUGUUGUACUCGUAUCACUGGUAUUAACUGUAAUUUAAAGUAUGAUUUUUAAACUAUAUACGUAAAUGACAUUGCAAAAAAAGAAUUUAUUCCUUAUCUCUAAAGAACGUUGAAGAAAAUAAUAAUUCAAAGGAGUGGCAGAUAUUAAAUGUGUUCGUGUCGUUCUCAUGUUUUGAAUUUUAUUAAAGUUAUAGGUUAGGCAUAUCAGAUUUUUAUUUUUGUUUAGGAAAUUUAAAAAAAAAAACAAAAUGAAUAAGGCACCCUUAGCUAUUUUUCUCGUUUUCGUUGGCUGUUGUUUAAAUGUUAUAUUUCUUGAGCUUCUUGUCAUUGGAGAUCCUGGAAGUGGGAAUCUAAUCACAUUUGCUCAAUUUUUAUUCAUAGCAAUAGAGGGAUUUUUAUUUACAUCAAAAUGUGGUACGGUAAAACCAACAAUUGGAUUGAAGGAUUAUACAAUUUUAGUUACAAUGUUUUUCGUCUCUAGUGUAUGUAAUAAUUAUGCCUUUGAUUUUAAUGUACCGAUGCCACUUCACAUGAUAUUUAGAGCAGGUUCCCUAAUAGCAAAUAUGAUAAUGGGAAUAAUUAUUCUGCAAAAAACUUAUACUUUUAGUAAAUAUUUGUCAGUUUUUAUGAUUUCCAUUGGUAUUGCAUUAUGUACAAUUGUAAGUGGACAGGAUAUUAAAUCCACACAAACUGUUAAUGUUAAACCAACAACACCUUGGGAUGAUUUUUUUUGGUGGACUGUUGGAAUUAUUUUACUGACUGUUGCACUUUUUAUUAGUGCAAGAAUGGGACUUUAUCAAGAAGUUUUAUAUAAACGAUAUGGAAAGCAUCCUAAAGAAGCACUUUUUUAUACUCAUCUUUUGCCAAUGCCAUUUUUUCUCACACUAGGACCAAAUAUAUGGCAACAUUGGAAUGUGGCAUUAGUUUCUGCACCAAUUUCAAUUCCUGUAAUUGGAUUCCAAAUGCCUAAAUUAGUUGCCUAUUUAAUUGGAAAUGUGUUGACACAAUACAUGUGUAUUGGAUCGGUUUAUGUUUUAACAACAGAAUGUACUUCACUCACAGUUACACUGGUGGUAACAUUACGUAAAUUUUUAUCACUUAUAUUUUCUAUAUUGUAUUUUAAAAAUCCAUUCACCAUUUAUCAUUGGAUUGGAACGAGUCUUGUUUUUAUAGGAACAAUUAUUUUUACCGAAAUUUUACCAAAAAUACAACAGGGUUUAACAACAGUUUCGUCUGUUGAAAAGAAAGUAAAAUAACAAAAGAAUUUAGACAAUUAAUUGUAUAGGAAAAAAUUAAUGUUAAUUAUUUUUAAGUAGAUAAAAUGCAUUUUAAUAUAAAUACUUCAAUUUAGCUACAUUUCAAUUUUAAUUAAAUAUAACGUAACAAAAUUUUCUACUAAUAGAGAAAAAAAAAUUAAUUGUAAAUAUAAAAAAUUGUAAAUAACUUAAUGAAAUAUUCAGAGAAUUUUUCUUUUUUCCGAAAGGAAAUAAAUAAUAAAAUAGUGAAUUACAGGAAAAAAAAA